CGAGUUAAAUUAUAUAUCUAUAAUUUUUAAAUUACGUGCGAAGAAAUGGGAGGGAGGAAAAUCUGAAAUCAACGGAUUCAGCUGCAGCAGUUUGAAGCUUCUCACCUCAGAAGGUUACAGCCUCUGUGGCGGCAUCGCCAAAUGGUGGACAUCGGUGUGAAAAGCGAAGCUGCCUGGGUUUGCCACACUGAAGGACGUCACUUGACGGACGUCCUGCUUCCUGUUCACAUCAGUGACAAAGAUGAGGAUGAAGAGGAGCUCAGACAGGAGACAAACCAUGGAGGUCCAGUGCUGCUGCAGCAGAUGGAGGAAGGUUCUCCAUGUGUCCUGACGCUCCACUGCAGCUCCUCCUCUGCUGCCAUCAGCCGCCUGCUGGUCAUCAGCGAGGCUCGAACCCUGGAGGUGUACGACCAGACGGGAGAAUACUGCGGCACGGUGAGGGGGGUAAAGGAGGACGGCAUCCAACCAGACAGUGCAGACAGAGGGCCUUUCUAUAGGAAACAGCUGAUCCUUGAGCAUCCAUCCUCAGCCUGUGAAGUGAAGCUGCUCUCUCUGGCUGGUAGAAACAGUGUUUUGGUGUGUCGAGUCGUCGUGGGCCUUCAGUCGCUGCAGCCCGGCCCGGCUCGUGGCCCCGGCAUCGACAUGCAGCAGGUCCAGUGUCUGGUCGAGGAGAUGGGAACGAACCUUUCACCGGGGGCCCAGAACCUCAUGGACAUGGUGCAGUUUCAGCAGAAGAAUCAGACCGGCUCUCUGGGCGGUUUCCUGCCUCUCCUGAUGGGCGGCGGAGGCUUCGCUGCUUUGGCAAGAGGAGUCAACGUGUCGACAGCAGCCGCCAUCAGUCAACCUGCAGACUCCUCGCCCUCAGAUGGCUCCAUCACUCCUGCAAACGGAGCUCCAACACUUCAGAACGGUCGGAUGUCUGAGAGCUCCACCCCCUCCUCGUCUCCAGACCUGCCGCUGCCCAGCGACAACGCGAAUAAUAACAGCGGCGGUGACAACGGCGGCCCGUUUAGCCACGCCCAGCUGGCGGACAUGAUGUCACACUUCCUGACGGGGCAGGGUCACGGCCGGAUGUUGACCUCCGACCCCGAUCUUCUGCCGAUGCUCCAGAGCGUCUGCGGCCAGGUGACCCAGCUGAGGCUGGAUGAUGCCGCAGCGGAGAAGAAGCUGAGAAACGGCAGCUGGGAGUUGGAUGCAGCCAUGGAGCGCCGUCUGGACGAGAUGGAGCGACGGCUGAAGGAGCACAUGGACCGACGGCUGGACGCUCUGGAGCAGAAGCUGGAGAAGGUCCUGCUCAGUGCCUUGCCGCUGGUCGCCCUGAACCACGGGGCCGGAGGAGCAGCGUCCACCGGACCGUCGGAGCAGAUCGCACCAACACCGGCCACGCACUGAGCUCUAAGAUGCUAACCUGCAGCCUGGAGGCCCCGCUGCCUUCGAUCCCACUAACAGAGACACAGCAAUACAACAAAACAGGCUUUGGUUUAAACUCUUAACACCUGAAGUGUCUCAGCAGAUGAGCUCUCCAGCUCACGGUGCAGCCUGUAACGGUUUCUGACCCAAGCAAGUGAAUGUUUUAAAGCCUGAAUGUACAGCAGCAGCACUGUCCUGUCAACGGUUCUCACUACAAAAGCACUGCACUGCAUUUGGGGAAAGUUUGUCUUACAUGAACCAGGAGAAGCCUAAAACAGUCGCAGUCUGCACUGAGAGCAAAAGGAAAUGCUUUAAAUUAUUGCCCUGACAUGAACUUAUGCUCGUUUUUAAUGAUUUACACGUGACACCAGCUGAACGCUCAUUUGUUCCACUUGUAACUGAAAUGUCAACACUCCAGUUAUUCCAGGUGUUGUUCUUCACACUGUGUUCUGUAACUGCACUAAGGCUGCAACUAAUGAUUACUGACCAUCUAAUCGAUUCUGUGAACGGUACAAAUAAUGGAGACCUCAAAUUUUAAGUCUUGUUUGGUCAAAUUGAUGAUUCAAAACCCAAAGUAUUCAGUUUAAAUUCAGAGAAACGCAGCUAAUCCUCACAUAUGAGAGGCUUAAACCAGAGAACUUUGGCAUUUUUGCUUUAAAAUGACUCAAACAAUGCAGCUCUUAUCAAGACUGACGUGGUGUGAAGGGUUCUGGUUAAUCGGGCCUGACCCGUUCGGUUCAGUUUGUCUUGAAACUUGUCCAAAAUCUCCGUAUGAACUCGCAUGCUCCUGCAACAGGGGUGUGAACAGAAGGUGUGACUGUAUUUUAGUAUGGCGCUGUAAUGUUUUAAAUAAUGUACAUGUCUGUAAACUAUUAAGAUUUCCACCUGUGAUGUUGAACUGUACUCACGUAAAUAACAAAUAAAAUAUAUAUUUAUACAGAUGAA